AGUUAUUGUAUCUCAACUCAGUGUAUGAUUUUUCCUACUUUAAUUUAAUUGCGUGUUUCAAGUCCCAGAUCCGCAUUUUUCCAAUUUUCAGAUUGUGUUUUUGGGCUUUCAAUUCAAGGCAAGAAGCACAUUCCUCAUCCUAAAGAUUAAAAGAUGGUUGUCCUUGCUGCAUCCAUAUUGCACAAAUCUGGUAAAGUUUUGGUUUCUAGACAGUUUGUGGAUAUGACUCGCAUGAGAAUUGAGGGUCUUCUAGCAGCAUUUCCCAAGUUGAUAGGAACUGGAAAACAGCACACGUAUGUUGAGACUGAGAAUGUGCGUUAUGUUUACCAGCCAAUGGAGGCACUGUACCUGCUUCUUAUAACAAACAAGCAGAGCAACAUAUUGGAAGAUUUGGAUACUCUAAGAAUUUUGUCGAAACUUGUACCUGAAUAUUCUGACUACUUUGAAGAAAGUAUUUGCAAAUGUGCAUUUGACCUGAUUUUUGCAUUUGACGAAGUAAUCUCUCUUGGGCACAAGGAAAAUGUGACUGUUGCACAAGUUAAGCAAUACUGUGAGAUGGAGAGUCAUGAAGAGAAGCUGCACAGACAGAUGAGGGAGGACAAGAUUAGAGAAGCAAAGGAUGAAAUGAAAAGGAAAGCUAGUGAGAUUGAUAAAAACAAGAUUAUAAAGAACAGAGGUGAUAAUUAUAAAGGAGGGUUUGGCCCAUUACAGUCAAUGGGCUCGGGAAUAUUUGAGAAUAGCUUUAAUGAUACAAGCAUCUCCAGCAGUGGAACUGGUUCCAGAUUGAGUUCUGAUGUUGAUUCCUUUUCUACCAAGUCUAAAGCCCGCCCAACUUCAGCUGCCACUGCUCCACCAAAGGGUCUUGGAAUGACGCUAGGUAAAUCUAAAAGGACAAACCAGUUUUUGGAAUCACUGAAAGCAGAAGGUGAGGUCAUUGUGGAAGAUGUUCGGCCAACGCUUGGCAAGUCUCAGGCAGCUGCUCCACCACCUACUGAUCCCAUCACUCUAACGGUUGAGGAGAAACUAAAUGUCACACUUAAAAGAGACGGUGGAGUAAGUAACUUUGAUGUUCAAGGUUCAUUGUGUCUUCAGAUUCUUAACCAAGAAGAUGGACAUGUUCAAGUUCAGGUUCAAACUGGUGAAAAUCAAGGUGUUUCAUUCAAGACACACCCCAACAUGAACAAAGAAUUAUUUGCCAAUGAAAAUAUACUUGGCUUAAGGGACGCCAAUAGGCCUUUCCCUACUGGUCAAUCUGGCGAUGCUGGUAUUGGCCUUCUUAAGUGGAGAAUGCAAAGCACUGAUGAGAAAAUGGUGCCACUCAUAAUAAACUGCUGGCCCUCCUCUUCAGGAAAUCAAACUUAUGUCAACAUAGAGUAUGAAGCUUCAUCAAUGUUUGAUCUGCAGAAUGUUGUGAUCUCAGUACCUCUUCCUGCUCUUCGAGAAGCACCAUCUGUUAAUCAGAUUGAUGGAGAAUGGAGGUAUGACCCAAGGAAUUCCAUUUUGGAAUGGUCUGUUAUUCUGAUUGAUAAUUCAAACCGCAGUGGAUCGUUGGAGUUUGUUGUUCCACAAGCAGAUUCGUCAUCUUUCUUUCCCAUAGCAGUCCGUUUUAUGGCCACUAACACAUUCAGUAACCUGAUGGUUACCAAUAUCAUACCAGUAAAGGGUGGUAACCCCCCCAAAUUUUCUCAGAGAACGCAAUUGAUCACAGAAAACUACCAAGUUGUGUGAUUGAUUUUUUAGUUCAGUCUACUCAAUAACAGUUUUCUUUUACAAUAGAUGAUUCAUGAUUCAUACUUAGGUUUUCACUUGCCAAGAGAAAGCACAAAGUAGGAUUUAUUGCAAGUAAUGAGAAACUUAGAAUGUCUCUUUUGUAUGUAGAGGCAAAUAAUUAUUCUUAUAGCUUAUAAUUCAAGAUUCAUCUUAUAUGCCCAAAUGUCUC